AUGGAUUCCAAGAGACAGACGCCGGCUGCGGCUAUUCAGUCUGAGCCUCCCCAAACACUCGCAGUGGCCUCAGUCACUAAGGCUGAGGAAGAGCCCCGAGCGAUUGGUACUAUCGCCACUCAGACGGUUACCACUGAGGCCACCAACAACGACAACGAGGUCACUGCGAGGCCAGACGGAGCAGAGGACGCCACAGACGGCCACGAGCACGAAGACGCAGCAUCCGUGGCAAGUAGCACCCUCACGAAAGAGUGGGAAGACUCUUUUAACCAAGACCUCCGCCGCGAGCUCGAUAGCAUCCAGACCCGGGGGACCUUUGCCUCGUUCCACCCCCUGGCGCACGUGAACCCGGGCCUCUUCGUCCAUCAUGUCGGAACCGUCGGCCUGCCGCACCUGCCGCACCUGCCGCUUCCCGAGGGGGAGGUGCGGAGGAUGAUUGAAGUGGCCGUCCACGCCCCCUUUGGUAAAGGCAGCGAGACCAUCGUCGACACCGCCGUGCGCAACACGUGGGAGCUGGAACCCGGCCAAUUUGAGCUUCGCAACCCGCGCUGGGCUGCGGAUUUGCAAAAUAUUUGUUCCGUCGUGGCUGCUGAUUUGGGCGUCACGACGCCUGUGAAUGCGGAGCUGUAUAAGCUGUUGAUUUACGAAAAGGGGGCCAUGUUCAAGUCUCAUACCGACACUGAGAAAUGUCCCGGCAUGUUUGGGACGCUCGUCAUUUGCCUUCCCUGCAGCCACAAAGGAGGCGACGUGGUCGUGAAGCACUGCGGGGAGACCAAGACUUUCAAGACAUCUGGGUCUGGCCAGCACUUUGCGUGCUGGUUCUCGGACGUCAACCAUGAGGUCCUGCCCGUCACGGAAGGCUACCGCGUCGUACUCACGUACAAUCUCACGGUCGACCCAGCGGCUCCACAGCCGUCUGCGGGACUCCAGAGGGAACAGACACACGGCUUGCGGCACACCCUCCGGAGGUGGCUCAAAUCCCCCGAGCUUGAGGCCGACCACGUCUACUACGGCCUGGACCACGAGUACACCGAGGCCAGCAUCUCGACGAAGGCGCUCAAGGGACGGGACGCGGCCGUCGUGCAGACGCUCCAGGAACUUUCCGCAGGGCUCGAGUUUGACGUGCUUCUGGCCCUGACGGAGAAGAGGGAGAUUGGGUCUACAUCAUUUGAGUACGUUGCGCCGGUUUCGUAUAAUCGACUUGGGCGCAGGCGGUAUGAAGACUAUGACUAUGAAGAAGAUGGAGACGACUCGGAUGGUGUGGCACCGGAGCAGCCUUAUGAGAUUGAGGAGAUGACUGAUACGGACUUGUCUGUCAAGGUGCUCGUGGAUCUGAGCGGACGCCCAAUACUUCGUGAUAUCGAGUUGGAUUUCGGCAACGUUCUCCAGGCAGAUGAUUUCUUUGACGGCGUUAAACGGCAGGAAGAAUAUGAGGGAUACCAGGGCAACUGGGGACCGUCAGCUACCCAUUGGUACUGCGUAACGGCCGCGCUCAUCAUCCGCCGAGACAGAGUCGCUUCAUAUCUCAAAAACGGCAUGGCAUCACAAUUGGACACUGACGAAAACAUCGUCUUGCUACUCAACUACCUCACGGAUUCGAUACUCGAGGCUUCGCCGAACAGCAAGUCGUCCUUUGACACCCUCAAAUACAUCUGGGGCACGUCGUUCCUUCAUCCUAGCUGGAUCACGCCCAUGGUCCAGGCCGAUAUCAUGAGCAAGGUGUUGCGGUCCGCUGUGGCUAUGGAGGAGUGGGACUUUUUCGAAAAGGUCGCCGAAAUGAAGAGCAAAAAGGAUCUGCGCGGAGCACUGCGCCCGGACUAUUAUCAGUGGCUUUAUGCGCAGGUCUCGGAGGGCAGGGUGGCCUUUUCCCAAAUCAAAAAGGGUUUGGCCUCCACCAUUUCCAUGGAUCAACACUUCUUCGAGAGCUGUAAGGCGAUUGAGGCCUUUGCCCCUAUCGAUCAACCCUUGUCUGACGAGAUUCGGGAAUGGGCACGAGAUACAUUGACCAAAAGUUUGAAGGUCAUUGCCGAUACUACAACUUUUCUCAGGCCAGAUGGUCUGGCAGUGGUAGCGAGUGCCGAGAAAUACGCCGACUUUGAAUGGCUUUCCUCUGUUGCGAUGCCCUUGAUCGAGGAGCUUCUCGGUCGCACCCCAGCUUUUGCACUUGAGUUCCUGUCAGCGUUGCUCUCUUCCGCCAGAAGGAAGGCCUUUCCGGUAACCCAGGCCGUCAACUUGUACAAGAGACUCGCCAAAAACCUCAUCUCGAUGCUCGACCUCAACACAGUCCACGGCCCCAGGGCAGAUGACCCGGUCCACAAGGCCGCGAGAUUCAGAUAUGACCAGAGGGCGCCGCUGCCGCCUCCCCCUGACCAUCACCUCGCCUUGAACCACGUCGCCCUCGCAGACCUCUUCUCCGGCCUCAUCAAGCUUGAGUCCUCCCCUCCACAGGAAGACCUAGCCCUGCCGCUGGCCCUCAAAAUCGUCAGCCACGCCCCCAAUAUGCAUGCACUCGACUUCCCCGUCCUCUGGAUCCCCCUCUUACGCGAACUCCUCUCCGUCCUCGAGGCCACCAAGACGCCCCUCGACACCCCGCGCUACCAACAAAUCUUCGCCGCCGUCCUCGAGGCCUACCGCGAUAACUACGUCGGCGCAGGAUACGCCCGCCCGCCGUCCGGCCAGCCCGGCAGCGGCAUGUACCUCGUGCAGUUCUGCUGCUGCAGCGACUGUAGCAAACUCGACGCCUUCCUCGCGGACCCGCGCCAGACAGUGUGUCGCUUGUACAUUGGCGCUAAGAGGCAGCGUCACCAUGUGCACAGGGUGAUUGAGGAGCACGGCCUCCGGGUCACACAUGUCACCGAAGGGCGGGGCGGGCCUCAGCCGGCCACGAUGGUGGUGACCAAGGUGGGGCAGACGGAGGACGCGAGGCACCAGGCGCGGGCGAAGGAGGCCGAGCAGACGUUUCAGUCGUUUGAUCAGACCAAGUUGGGGGUGUUGCUGGGUGAAGACUACCCCGCCAUCGCAACGGCGUUGUGGAAGCGACCGGUGAAUUUGGCGUCGGGACCGGGUGGUGCGACGUAUAUGCCGGCACCUUUUCCGGUUCCGGUUCGGGUACCAGCUCCGGCUCCGGCUCCGGCUCCGGCUCCGGGACUCACGGCGGUGGGGUCUGCACCGGGCCCACCGCUGGGGCAUUUCAAUGUGCCUGCAGCUGAGCAUGCAUUCCCUCCACCGCCCAUGAAUGGUCUCCAACCGAUGAACGGGUCGGCACCGGUGCCCAAAGAGACACACUUUAGCCCUAGGGUUUUCGCGCCAAUGACGGGGAACGCCGGUGGGCCGUUGCAGCCGCCGCCGCCGUCUGGUCUGAAUGGGAUGAGUAUGGCUGCAGCUGCUGGGCCGAGCCGGCCUCCGCCGCCUGUUGCUGGCGAGAAACGGAAAGCAGAGCCCGAGAUUAUUGAUUUGACUUAG